AUGGUGACCAUGUAUCUCCCACGCAACAGUACUCCCCCUGUACCCCUCAACCCUGACCACAAUGAUCCACCGCUGCCAAGCAUGUCACGGGAACCGUGGUGGAGGAAGCUGAGGGAACAGCCCUCACCACCGUUCUUUCAUCCCCCGCCACCGCCUCUGCACAACGAGGCACCAACUCUACCGCCGAAUCGAGUGGCUGUCAUCUCCACCUCGGCGCCUUCCAUGCCUCCGCGACUGUCUGUGUUGGCCACUGCGCGACCAAUCGAAGGAGGAGCGAGCACGCGAGGCAUCAUCCCCCCUUUGUCAGCAAGGUUGCCGACCGGGAUUGGGACCCCUGCUACCACCAGCGCUUCGCCAACUCUCUCCCCGGACGACAGCAUUGCCGCCUUUUACAAGCAACUCAGCCUAUUUGAGGCGAAUUUGGAGGUCAAAGACGUAAAAGGCAACCCUGAGCAACCCACCAAGGACUUCGUUGACAUCGACGCAAACGAUGAGGCUGGAGAACCGCUCCCGUACGACUCGCACUACGUCGAGGACCCUGCGCGCUGGGCAGCGUGUGAUCCUCGCAACGCCUCCUUCUCCGUGGAGCGUGAUCGCCUGUGCCAGGAGUACCUGCGCAAUCCCAACAACAUGCGCAGCAUAAAGGCAAUGUCAUCAAAGCUGCUGCAGGGUCGCACCAUCAAGAUGCAAAUCACGUACGCGCACAAUAUCAAUACCAUCGUAAAGUUGUCGCAGCGGAAGUUUCUCUACGAGGCCGUCAGUGAGUACUGGGCCUACUCCUUUGACCGCGCGCUCAAGUUCAACCGGGUGCCAACAUCGGUCUUUGUCGCCAUUCCGCUAGACUAUUUGCGAGUCGCUGUCGCCUACUCGCCGCUCUUCUCCCAGUGGUUCAACCGCUUUGUCGUUCUGUACAACUACACAAACAAGAACUUCGUUCAGUGUAGCUACUACACGCGGAAGGUGUCGGAGUGCACCAUGGCGACGGUGCAGCUCUGGAUGAAGGAUGUUCACCCCGCACUCAGCACAUUUCUGGCCAUUCCGUACGAAAUCGACGCCUCUUUCAUUCGUAAGUACUACAUCCCUGGCCACGAGCUCUUCGCCGGCACUAAGCGGGCACGACUGCGCGCUGUCGGCGAGCUUCUUGACCGCAGCAUAUUUGACUUCCUUAUCGGCAACACCGAUCGCGGCACUAAUGACCAUAACAACUUCGCUUACGGCGGAUGUAGCGCCGACACAGAGUGCCAGCUUGAGAAGCCCGAGAACCGCAUCAAAGGUCUCGCCAAGUAUGCCUACCUCGAUCACGGGAGCAGCCUGUAUUCCCAUAAGGAGCCGUUCGGGAAUCUGUUCUUCGGUGACGCCGAUCGAAUACGCAUCUGUCGCUUUCGCCGGUCCACCUUUGAGCAUCUCGCCAAGUUCGGCUCCACUGACCGCGCGCACCACCCUCUAAUUCAACACGUCGAGCAAUCCAUACCAGCCGCUGCCUACGAGGUCAGCCACGAAUCUGUCAUUCGUAAAGUGCAGGUGCGCCUUGACAAGAUUCUGUACAUCAUCAGCCGCUGCCGGGUCAAGUACACCGACAACGAGGUGUUUUCAAUGCCAGAGUACGAUGCAGUACGCAUUGCCGAGGAGGACGCAACGCUCGAUGACGAGUGGGACUGA